AGGUCGGUAUUCUGCUGCGGGGCUGCAACAGCUGACUACUGAGCACUCUGCCCAGUGCCUCCAGGAACAAAGAGAGGAGCAAACAGCCAUCACUUUAGAUUUUUUUAAAUAAAAAAGCGACGUAUUUUUUCUACACCCUCUAAAAGAAGCAGGGCGCCGCGAGGACACGACAUGAGGCACGCCGUCGCACCUGCACAAACAGUGGAAAAUACUUGUUUCGCAGUGACAGACCUGUUAAAGAUAUGCACCCAUUGUGAACGGCUGAGCAAAAAGGACUUGGGAGUGCGGAUCCCAAGACCUCUAGGUAACGGACCAAGCAGAUUUAUCCCUGAAAAAGAGGUAUGUGGUCUCACCAGACAUGUUUCCUCUGCUGCAGACGUGAGUGGACAGAGUGUAAUGAUCUCCAAUCUGUUCCAUCAGAUUCUUCAAGUCAGUAAAGUGGACGCCAGGACACAGUCGAUAUUUGAGGAUGCGUUUGCAGCCCUCGGUCGUCUGGACAACAUUUCCCUGGUGAUGGGCUUCCACCCGCAGUACCUGGAGAGUUUUCUCCGGACGCAGCACUACCUGCUGCAGAUGGACGGGCCCCUCUCUUUGCACUACCGACACUACAUCGGCAUCAUGGCGGCAGCUCGGCACCAGUGCUCCUACUUGGUCAACCUGCACGUGAACGACUUCCUCCAGGUCGGGGGCGAUCCCAAGUGGCUCAACGGCCUGGACGAAGCCCCGCAGAAGCUGCAGCAGCUCGGAGAGCUCAACAAAAUCCUGGCCCACCGACCAUGGCUUCUCACCAAGGAACACAUUGAGCGCCUUCUGAAGGCCGAGGAGCACAGCUGGUCCCUGGCAGAGCUGAUCCACGCCGUGGUCCUCCUCACACACUACCACUCCCUCGCCUCCUUCACCUUCGGCUGCGGCAUCACGCCCGAGAUCCACUGCGACGGCGGACACACGUUCAGACCCCCCUCCCUCAGCCAGUACUGCGUGUGUGACAUUGCCAACGGCAACGGUCACGCUAAUCACCAUGACGACUUGCUGGGCAACCAGGACAUGUGCGGCGAGGUGGAGGUGCUGAUGGAGAGGAUGAAGCAGCUGCAGGAGUGUCGCGAUGACGAAGAGGCCAGCCAGGAGGAGAUGGCGACUCGCUUCGAGAGGGAGAAGACCGAGAGCAUGCUGGUGGUCACGGCAGAGGACGAGGAGUGUGUCCCCUCCAGAGACAUCUCCCGCCACUUUGAGGACCCCAGCUACGGCUACAAGGACUUCUCCAGGAGGGGGGAGCACGUGCCCACGUUCAGAGUGCAGGACUACAGCUGGGAGGACCACGGCUUCUCUCUGGUCAACCGGCUGUAUCCCGAUGUCGGUCAGAUGCUGGACGAGAAGUUUCAGAUGGCCUACAACCUGACCUACAACACCAUGGCAACGCAUAAGGACGUGGACACCAGCAUGCUGCGCAGGGCCAUCUGGAACUACAUCCACUGCAUGUUUGGCAUCAGGUAUGACGACUACGAUUACGGGGAGAUAAACCAGCUGCUGGACCGUAGCUUUAAGAUCUACAUCAAGACCAUGGUGUGUAGUCCUGAGAAGACCACCAAACGAAUGUAUGAGAGUUUCUGGAGGCAGUUUCAGCACUCCGAGAAGGUCCACGUUAAUCUGCUUCUUAUGGAAGCGCGAAUGCAAGCAGAACUGUUAUACGCUCUGAGAGCGAUCACCCGCUACAUGACAUGAAGUGCUUUUGGCGUUUUUAUCGUUGUCUUUUUACUGUCAUUGUUGUUGCUCAUUAUGGGACACAUAAAGAAAAAAAUCAAAGGGGGGGAUUUAACAAAACUGUGGAAGCGAGAGCCCUGGGUUGUGACGCUGGAUGUUGAGAAGAGGAUCAGAACAAAUGGAAAGCAAGAAAAAGAAAAAAAAAAAGAGAGAACUGUUGGAGAAAAAUCAUCUCAGACUACAAGUGGAUACGCAAACCCAGUGUGUGUUGCCUGCAGUGCCAAAACUGACCAAGAGAGGGCAGCCUGUAGCAAAUUCCUGCUCUGCUGGGGAGUUUGUGCCAGAGCACUGACACUGGAGGCAUCCAGGACAACAUUUCAGUAUUCCAGCUGGCAGCGCCACGGUUGCCGUUCUCACCCGUCUCCUGGUAGAGUCCAGACCCAGAGCAGAUCCCAGAAAGCAAGCUGUGCAGCCACAGACGGUGUGCACUGUGAUUCUGUUGUCACUGUUUUAUCUGUUUAGUUUCUUCAAUAACUUUUUAUUUCAUUUUGUAUCAGAAAGUGGAUGUUGUUGUCGAUGUGGUUGCUGUUGGUGGUAACUGGAGAUGGACGCAUUACCUUUGGGCGGUGUUUUUUUUUUUUUUAACGUGUGCCUGAACUAUCCAGCACAGUGUGCAUACGUGCUGAUGCUGCUGCUCCCAUCUUAUAUUCAGUGGGGUCAUAUUGAUCCCCAAAUCACCCCUCACCCAGUUCCCCCACCACCCCAUUACAUAAGCCCCUGUCCAUUAGAAAUCCACUGCAUUACCCCCCUCCCUCCUUCCUGUCCUCUACCCUGAUCCCUAAUCUCAAAUGUCAAUGUAAGCUAAUCCAGGAGUGUGAAAACCAGAGGAGGAGAAAAAACUCAAAGAACACUGUCUGAGCCCGUUUUGAGUUUGACUGUAGAUGUGUGGAUGAGUUCUGUGUUGGUGAUGACUGAGGCGUGGAUGUUUGUGUGUUUCACAGAAAAAGUUUUUAAAAAAAAGUACGUCUUGGAAUUUCAUGUGUCAAAAAAAAAAAAAAAAAGAAAGCGAGGCACUUUGAAGGAAAGACUUCUUGCUUCUGCUGUAGCUGUUGUGAGAUAACUGUUCAUCUUUUUUUUUUGAUGAUGUCUUUAUUUUUAUGGUAACGGGGGGGGAAAGAAAAAAAAAAAGCUAAUCAAAAAGAAAGUUAGAAACCAGGUUUUCCAGGAGGGAUUUGCUUCCGGUUGCCCGAACCACACCCUGUCAGUCUUCCGCUCAUCCCAGCCGCCUGGUCGUCCUGACGCUUUCAGAGCUUUGGAUUGUGAAUUUUACCAGUAAACAAAUACCUCUUCUGUUUUUCUCUAUAAAACAUAUAAGAAGUGCUCUUUGGUGAGCAGAGACUCUUUCUGGGCCGCCGGGUUCCGGUCGCCCGGCGACCCGGCGGGCCCACACGGGGCCGACUGCGGUCGAUGGCUUUCGAACGCAAACGGUUGUAGCUGUGCUUAUUUCCCUGCGGGGAAGUCUAACCAGUGCAAAAGCAGCUUUUAUUUGAACAGAGGUGUGAAACCUCUGCUGUUUUUUUUUUUCUUUUUUCUUUUUGUUGUUGUUGUUGUUGUUGUUUACUAAAAUCAGUAAAGUACUGCAUUCUUCUGAGGCCGGACUGAGAGGAUGAACAGAUGAAUGAGUGAAUGAGGAGGAGGCGAUAAAGGAAUGGUACAUUUGGAAGUGGUUUGAGAGGAAGUGGAGGGUUUUUUUUUUUCAAACUUCUGACUGAUGUCAGUUACUGACACUUUUUUUAUAUGAAAAUAUAUUUAAAAAAACAGAAAAAAAAUAAACUAUAAUAUUGAA